CAUUUGGGAAUUCUGUCUGUCGUACUAGGCUUUUGUUUGCGGCCAUUCCUAGGAUGGCUUUCUAGGGGUUCAUCGAGCUUCUUUCGAGAUUUCGAGCGUUGAACAGUAUCGUAUAAAUAUUUAUUCUUUCCUACUUGUUAGGGAACAAAAGGUUUAUUCGACCUUCGAUCUUUUUCAGUGAACUAAAACAAUUUUCAGAUACACAUUUUUUCUUUUAUCGCUAUUUCAGCAGCUAUGCGGCGACAUAUACAUGCGGAUGUUCGGUUAUGCGCUCUGUAUGAGUUCAAACUCGGUCACAGCGUGAAUGUGGCUCUUAAUAAUUUGAUACGAGCAUACGGGGCCAAUGUGUUGUCCGCUCAUACGCUCCAGAAUUGGUAUCGAAGAUUCCGUAGAGGUGAUGAAAGCCUAAAGCGAGAGAAGCGAAAGUCGCCAAUAGAUGAGUCGGAAUUGAAGCGGUUGAUUGAAGAGAAUCCGCGCAUCAGAAUGGCCGAUCUGACACGACACUUUGGUGUCUCGAAUAAAUCGAUCAGGCAUCAUAUUACUUCAAUUGCACAGGGUGAAUUCCGAAUAUACAUCAGAACUAAGACGGUUGGUUCGAUACUACUUCAGUUUUCUUUCAUGAUUGAGUAA